AUGGAUCAUCAAUCCGAUAUGGGUGCUUACGGAGAAAAUUCUAAUGUGAAAAAUAGCGGGAAUUAUAUUACUAUAAUUCCUGUAGACUACUCAAGGCGGGGAUAUCCUAUUCAAGCUGAAUAUCAAUAUAAUGAAUUCAGAUCUCGUGAAGAAUAUUAUAGCGUACAGAGUCAAAAACUUCAAGCAGAAGUAAACGCUCACUUGUAUUCGGUCUCGCAGAGGUUACCGCAUCUAUCGUACAGUCCCUUGGGGCGUCACAAUGAAUGGGACAAGCAUGACUCUCACAAACCAUUACCGGAUUCGAAGGAGAGCAACUCUUCGGACUCACUCGAGAAGAGUGUUAUGGGUUCAAAUCUCAGUAGUUGUUCCAAUCAAACAGGAUCAAGUAGCAUUGCGGCAGGUUCCUUUAGCACUACGGAACCUAUCACGAGCGGCGGUAGUUCAUCGAGUGCCAUAUCACCUCCUCUGCCAGGAUCGUCUGGCAGCACGGUUUCCUCGUCCAGCAGCACAUCCAAUCCGGUAACCUGCGUCUACUUGAUGUCCCGAACUGCUAUCAUGGUUGAGAUGAGUUCGGAGGAGGUACCCUCAUGUGUGACAGCAGCAAGAUUCCUAAAUGCAGUGUUGAACACAGAGGAGUUGGGACUGAGUACUCCGAGUGCCAGAAGUUUGGCUACAAACGUUUUUGCCUUGUGGAUGUCCAGUCCACUACUUGAAAUUCAAUUAAAACCACACCACUGCCCGUGGCGUAUCUGGUCCAGCUGGCAGAAGUUACUACAACGAUAUGGACAUGGAUCGGAAUCUCGUCGAUCGAAGGACCAACCAGUUUUACGACUUCAGAGAAAUGUUUUCUUUCCUAGACACUUGGAAGAGGGAAUCAAAGAUUCCCGAAUACAGGAGUUAUUAUACGAGGAGGCUCGUCAUAACGUGGUGACUGGGAGGUAUCCCCUGGAAAGUUCACAGGCAGUUAUGUUGGGUGGACUGCAGGCUAGGAUACAGUUGGGACCUUACGAUCCUCAUCGACACACUGCUAAGUACUUUAGGGAGCACCAGCAGCUGUACCUGCCGCGGCACGCGCGCUCGGGGCGCUGGGCGCGCGCGCUGGCGGCGGGCCGCAAGGGCAGCGCGGAGGCGCGCCUGCUGGAGCACGCGCAGCGCCCGCCCGCCGCGCCGCCGCGCAAGCUGCGCCACAAGUACCUGGCGCACGUGCGCGCGCUGCCCACCUACGGUGCGGCAUUCUUCCAAGGUCAGAUCGAGCAACCAGUCAGAAGUCUCACAAGUUUACUGACACACGAAGACAUUCCAGUACUGGUCGCUGUAAACUCUAAUGGAAUUUACGUUAUCGAUGAUACAGAGAGUACGGUGCUCCUAGGAUUGUUGUACGAAGAAUUGUCUUGGGACAUUGGACUCCCAUCCGACGACAAUGAGGAUUGCUUGCCGUGUCUCUUCUUGCAGUUUAUGGUGGUCGAGAAUGGGUUACGUGUAUCUAAAAUAUUACAGGUUUUCUCUAAGCAAGCAAUAAUGAUGGAUACGCUGAUCGAACAUUUUGCUGGUGAAUACAGGAAGAGACUUGGACAAGAGACACCGAGUGAUCACGCGAACUACGAUUACCAUUCCGAUUCGGGCAGUAUCUCCCUGCCGCCGCUGUCCCGGCCGGACUCCCCGCAGCGCCGCCUGGCCAACAAGCUGUCGCGGCUGGCGCUGGCCACGCACGACGGGCGCGGCCACCUGCUGGGCGGCGCGGGCGACUGGCACGGCGCGCUGCACCACCGCCAGCCCGCCUGGAUCCUGCCCAAGCACUAGCUGGCCCACCACACUCGCGGUCCAGCCUUAGACUACCAGACAAUGAACCUGCCCAAGCACUAGCUGGCCCACCACGGGCGCGGUCCAGCCUUGAUACACACUACCGGACAAUGAAAUUUCUACAGCAAAGAAUUAUCGAUAAUUGUCAACUGCAAAAAUAGCGUAUUAGUCCGUUAGAUCUCCAGGAUUUCUUUCGUUCGUAUGAUGGUGUGUUCCCAGCUGCCUGCCUUUUUUUUUCAACGUGGGGAAAAUGUUAUGUCAGACUUUUACUGACCAAAAAGCACCACGUGUCCGCAGUUGUCCGCCUAGGUGGGGCGAGAUGGGGUCGCGCUAGCAUUCGCGACAUGUCUCUUAGCUACCCUUUUUAAAUCCAUCAUGGAUACCCUCCAGCGCGGGGGCGCCAGAGGGUUGUGUGAGACUUUUACUGACCAAAAAGCACCACGUGUGCUCAGUCAUCCGUCUGGAUGGGGCGAGAUGGGGUCAUGCUAGCAUUCGCCACCAGUCCCCCAGCUACCCUAUCUCAGCUGUUAACUAAUUGAGAUUCAGUAGUCUGCAUUCACAACAUAUGCAAUUUUAUUUCAAUAACUUAAGAAUAACAAACAUGUGGAAGAAGAUGACAAAA